AUGGACUAUGCAAGGGUAUCUGGGUCUGUUAAGGGUCUAAUCUGUGUAAGCUCUUCUCGAGCUAUGCAACCGAUAGCCAUAUGCAAUCCUUUUCUAGGUCAACUGAAGAUUCUGCCACAUUCGCCCUCCUCUUCUUGUCACUCACCUCAAUGCAUCAUUCGCCACCAUGUUGGCGUUGGUUUCGAUGAAGAUUACAAAGUUGUGCAACUGGUGUCGUGCCAACAACACCGUCGCCUCCAAGCGAACCUGUAUUUGAAAAGGACGAAUUCUUGGAGGGGGUUGGCUAUCGAUCAAGAAUUUGUGAUCGAUAGCUCAAUAAUGUCAUUUUUCAAGCACGGCUCGUUUGCGCACUGGAGAGGAGGGUUGGGGGAGGAGAGGAUCAUACUGAGCUUUGAUAUGAAAAAUGAAGUGUUUCAGACAAUCAGAUUACCGGAUGAGAUGGUUGCCUCGGAGUAUGAGAUUCUUGUAUGUAAUCAUGCUUGUCAUCCAAAUGAGAUAUUUUCUUUAUGUGAUUUAGAGAAUGGGUUUAAGUUGAGGGUUUAUGAGUCUACAGAGGUUGGUGAUACUCUUUCCUUUCCGUAG